GUCACCAGUACUCAGUCAGUGCUCCACCAGUAACUAGAUAGACACGCCGCGGGGUACCCGUAUUCCUCCAAUCUGUAUAAAUCACUCUCAAAAACUACAAAUAUUUAAUUAUAAACUGGGUUAUUUUAAUCUGCGGUGCAACGAAUCGAAAUAUUGAUGUUAUCAAAAAUCCGUGCUGCGUUAUCUUCAUUUGUGUGUGAACAUAAACAAUUUCUGAAGGAUUUCGUUUCUAUACAUCUUAUCAGUGGAAUCAUGAUAUCAUCGUUAUCAAGAAAAGAAAGAUCUAGGACGAGUGCUUACGACGUUAUUUGAAAUUGAGCUACCGAUCUCUCAGCAUCGAAUAUUAGAAAGAACGCUAAAUACGUCUUGAAGAAUAUUUUGAUAUAUGUGACUAAUUGCCGAAGAAUACUGGUAGCCGUGUCAUCAGAAAAGAAAAUUGUGAAUUAAAAAAAAAAAACAGUUGAAUCGUCACAACGCGUUUCGCGAAGUGUCACAAACGCUGGUCACGUGUGCGGAGUGGACAUUUAUUUAAAUUUAUACAAAAUGGCAAGCACCGGCAGUGAAAUUUGGCUGCAGUGGUUCGCGUGUUGUUACCAGCCGGCGGCGCAGGCGCAGCGCACCCGGCGGAGAAUAGACAGAUCGAUGAUCGGUGCACCUACGAACUUCCAGCACACAGGACACAUAGGUUCAACAGAUGUGGACAUGCCGUCAUCACUGCUGCACUCCAUACAGAAUCAAAUGCAAAGUAAAGGUGGAUACGAGAUGGCUUAUGGAGUUAAGGUUUACUGAUGCACACCGGGCGAGACGGACGCUAGUGACAAAACAAAGUGAAUAAUGUGUUACGAUAUGACUAAAUUAACUGUAUUUAUUAUUUGUGUUGUUUAAACUUGUAUUAAAUAAGUCAUGUAUAUAGAGACGGGGAAUCGAAGAAAAAUUCAAAACAAGUUACCUUUUUGAAAUUUAAACUUUGUAAUUAUAUUAAUUUAAAUAAUAUUACGUUAUUACAAUAAUUGAUAAGAUUUUGUUUUAAAUUUAUGAUUGAGGUUAAAGUACAGAUUAAUGCAUUGUUUCGAUCGACUAAACAGGAUAAUAAGUAUAAUGUCACAAGUAAAUACCGCACAAUUCUGAGUAUCUAAAUAUUAUUUAUGUACUUAUUCAAACAUAUCCUGUAUUACAAUAUAAAAAAAAAACAAAUCCACUUGUGCUUUACUAUGCUAUAUAAAUCAAUAAAUAAUAAGCAAUAAUACAAUUAGCAAAAUAUUUACAGGGACUCAUAAGUACUUACAAACAAUAAAAUUAUAUUCACAGUGUUUAUUGAUAUAUCUUAAGCAAUAGAAGAGAUUUUUGUUAAUUUUAAACAAAUUCUUCCAUAAUCUUCCAGAUUCUGCCAUAGUUCCUUCCACAUGUUACGGUAUACGCCAUCCUAUUAUGAUAUUUGUUACUUUCACUAGGCAUAUUACAGUAAAUUAAUAAAAUUCUAGAAUUAUUCAUGUGUCUAAUUAAUUAUUUAAAAUGUUUUAUAUACGUGUGUGUAAUAUACGAUAAUUAGCAAAUAGAUCCACUUGAAAUGUAUUUUAUUGAAAAAAACGAGAGACAGAUUAGAUUACAUAUCAAUCUGACCUCUCAAUAAUUAUUUAUUAAGUUUAUCUGUUCCUAAGACCAUAAUUGAUAAUUCUUAAUUAACCAUUACUUUCUUAGAAAUUUUUGUAUGGCUACUUUAUAAAAUUUAAAUGAAACAGUGACUUCGCGAGGUCGUGUAUGUUAACAAAAUUAAAUUAUUAUAUAAAUAAUCAAACAAAAAAAAAAUAUAGUGGAAUACAACAUCUGCCCUAUUCACAAGUUCCGUCGAAACUGCCUUUAUAGUCAAUAUUAUUUUUACUUAGAUAUUAAGUCGUAUAUAUUUUUAUGUAUAUUAUAUUAAAGAUUUUGUAAAAAUAUAAUCUUUUACUGUAGUUAAAACAGUACAUAUUUAAACAAUUUUACACAUUGUCAUGCGAUUUAAAUUAAGUAAUACUGUUCCAAGUUAUUUAAUACGCACACGUACUCCUUGUAAUGUUAUAAGUAUUUUUACUAAUUUCAAUUUAAAUCACUAAAUAUAUAAUUAAACUUAAACCUUAAAAGAUAAAGUUGAAUAUUGAUAAUAAAACCACGAUGACAUCGCAUGGCACAGUGAAAAUGGCGCGGAAUAUUUAUGAUAUCAUUUUGUUAAACAAAUUAUUCUAAUUAUACAGCUGGCAAUUUAAAAUUAAAUGAAAGUAUAGUAAUAUUAAAUUAGAAACUCUACUAGUAAGAUUUGUUAAUUAUUCUGACAGCAAUAGUUAGGUACUGAUUUUAAUAUUUUAAUAAUAUAUCUAUGAAAUAAAGAAUAGCUAUUUAUUUCAUUAUUAGAAUAGGUAUAGAAUAAAAGUAACUCACAAUGAUAACUCUGUAUUACAAAGAUGCCUAUAUGAGAUAAGAAUUGGUGAUAAUUUUAUUUUGUCCCUCUAGACGAGGUACAAUUAAUUGAUAAAAUCGUUUUGAUCAGCGCUCACAUGAGACGGAACAAGACAAUGCAUGUCGCUGUCUCAUUCUAUCCUGAGAUAUUCUAUCCUGACUCGCUAGCGAUAACGAUUCUAUCAAUAGAUUCGUUUAUAAUUUGUCAAAAGGGGUUGAAUAGUAACAGAUAUCCGAUUUUUAUACUUAUCUUCUUAUAUUACAGCGUCGUUAGAAUUUUAAUACAGAUAUUUGUCAGACUGUAAAUAAAUGGAGUCUUUGUACAAUUUAACUCCAAUCGUUUUCUCAACUGAACUGAACUGUGAGUGUUAUGUUUUCAUUCUUAGAAAUAAUUAUGAAUGUAUUUUCAUUAUCUUAUAAGAUAAGUAAUCGUCAAUGUAUACCUAAUAUGUUGUUUUAUGUGUAGAGACAUUAGGUCUUCGUGCCCGAUGGAAUUUGGGCAAGUGAACGACUCAAAUGAAGAAUUUUCCUACAGACUGAGAAAAAUAUGUUAUAUAUAUUAUAUAUUCUUUUAAUACAGUCAUUAUUCACUGUUUUAUAAAUAAAAGUGCCCAAAACUUGUUUUGGUGCACUUUGAUUUGAUGAUAAUAUUAACUCUAGUAGCACUGAUUAGUAUAUCAAUCAAUAGUUAUAAUAAAAACUUGCAAAACCUAUGAACGAGUUUUCUCUUAGUACGUUCGAGUAAAAUGUAAUACAUACCUAGAAACAUAAAUAAGGACAGUUAAUUAUACAAUAACAUUCUAAUAAGAUUCUUAAUAAAGCUGCCACUGAAAAUACACAUUUUAAUAACAAAAAAUAUUUAAAAAAUUACGCAGCAAAAUAUGUAGUAGGUACAAUGUUUUUAGUGGUACAUUUAUAUGCAAUGUAUUCUAUGAUUAAUAUUUAUUUACUCAUCACGUUGCACCGUCAAUUAUAUUUUCCGUUUAUCCUGUCUAAAGUCGACUUGUAGAUAACCCUACGUAGUGUUAAGUCCGCCAUUUACACUAUCUAAGUGUAUUAAAGUUAAAUAAAUAAAUAGAUUAAUGUUUUAGUUCGUCAACAGAGCUUUUCAUCUUAUCUGUCAGUUUCAAAAAUAUUAAAAAUUGACAGAUAAUCGCAAUAUUGUCCUGCUUAUGUUAUCUAAUGUAUGAACGCUCUUAACAUCUUUAAACGGUAUCAUACAUUAUCCUAAAUGUCGUACGUCGACAACUUUCUUGUUUUGUUUUUUACUUAAUUCUUAUGGGAUUCGUAAAGGGAUUACUGGAAUGAAGAGAGUCCUUUAUAGCUAUGAAACCAUCAUAAUUCAAUAUACAAUUACAUAUUAAGUUGCUCUCUAUAAUCUACGACUAUGAACACAUAAAAUUUCGAUCACAUGUCUAAGUAUAAAGUUAAUUUUGCGAAACAUUUGGUAAUAUAUAUUACAAAGGAUAGGUGCUAAGAGUGAUAACAUAUUAUCAUCUUGUGUGUAAAAUAUAUUGAAUAUUGGCCUUUAUUUAGAACCUUUAUAGGAAUAUUAUACAAAAAAAAAUUAUGUUUAAAAUCAUAUAAAUCAUAUAAAUCUGGAUAGAGUAUCAAACCUUUUUGAUUAAUGUGUUAUUUUUCACACUAUCUGAAAGUCUUAAAAUGUAUCUGCGUGAUGAAAUUCACAAAUUAUAAUAUUAAUACAAAUUACUGUAAAAACAUCUUUUUUAAAAAGAAACCGACUUAAAAAAAAAAGUAGUUCUUAAAUGGGUUAUUUUUUUACUAAUUUAUUUAUCACCUAAUAACUCCGUCAGUUGUAAACCAAUUUGGAUUUUUUUUUUCUGAUAGGACAUACUUGCGGAUAAGUCUCUUAAAAAUUUUAUCAAAAUCGGUUCAGUACUUUAAUUUUAGAUGAAAAUAACUAGUUCUGUAACGAUUAAAGUCCAUUUUUUAUGAAACACAAUCUUUAAUUAUAUUCUAGGGAGAUACUCUAUCUAGGUGUUAUUGAACUAUUACUAUAAUGCGUAAUGUUAACGUAAACACAGAAAUACAGCUUUAUAUGUUAUUUUAUAUUUUACUAUAAGAUCUUAAUUGUCGAAAAUACUUUUAAUUUAGUUACUAAAUGUUGCUGGCAACAGAGCACGAAUAAACAGUUGUAAUAAAAAAACAACAAUUGAUAAUGUAAUAGUAAUGUUGUCAUUUUCUAGUUAAAACGACAAUUUUAUCUGUGUAGCCCAGUAGAUAAUAUUUAAAGAAAAUAUUGUAUUUUGUGUAAGAAACAAACAAAGCAUUAUAAAUUUGAUAAAAA